UUUUUGCUCAUUCUGCUUUACUUGACGUACGUCAACAACUUCCGCGUUGCUUCCCCGUUUACGAAGGCGCAAUGACAGGAUUGUAUUUAUGCCGCAAAGUACGGCUAUUUCAUCAACUUAGUUUGCCCAUUUAUUUUGUUUCCUUGUUUAGUUUAUGACGUUUUAGAGCUGCGGUGCGUUUAUAAAGUUUGAAGAAGUCUCGGAAUGGCCACGGCCGCAGUUCCAGAGGAGCCGCGGGGGCUCCAGAGCCCUGGAAAUUCAUCCGAGGCCGGGAAAGAGAUUCCAGGAAUUAGCCCGGCUCCAGUGGUGAAGAAAACCAUCGGCCACCGUGGAGUGGAUCAGACUGGGGAGACCGUGUACAAAAAGACACCCUCGUGGGCUCUGCAAGGCGCCAUCCAGUUGGGAAUCACGCACACCGUGUGCAGCUUGGCUCACAAGUCCGAGCGAGACGUGCUGCUGCAAGACUUUGAGGAGGUGGAGAGCAUCUACUUCCCCGGUGAAGGCAGCAGCCACACGCCGGCGCACCACUACGGAGACUUCCGGUUCAAGACUUACGCGCCCAUCGCCUUCCGCUACUUCAGGGAGAUGUUUUGCAUCCAGCCCGACGACUACAUGUGUUCCCUGUGUAGCGAGGACCUGAUUGAGCUGUCCAACCCGGGAGCCAGCGGGUCGCUCUUCUACCUCUCCAACGAUGACCAGUUCAUCAUGAAGACGGUGCAGCGCAAGGAAGCCGAGUUUCUGCAGAAGCUCCUCCCCGGAUACUUUAUGAACCUGAACCAGAACAAGCGAACCCUGCUCCCCAAGUUCUACGGUCUCUACUGCAUCCAGGCAAACGGCACCAACAUCCGCAUCGUGGUCAUGAACAACCUGCUGCCCUCCUCGGUGCGGCUGCACCUCAAGUUCGACCUGAAGGGCUCCACGUACAACCGCCGGGCCUCGUCCAAGGAACGGGCCAAGCCCUUGCCCACCUUCAAGGACCUGGACUUUCUGCAGGACAUGCCCGACGGGAUGCUGCUGGACGCCGACAUGUACAACGCCUUCUGCAAGACCGUCCAGCGGGACUGCCUGGUGCUGCAAAGUUUCAAGAUCAUGGACUACAGCCUCCUGCUCGGGAUUCACGUCACGGAUGGGGCCGGCGGAGAGACGGCGCCGACGGAGCCGGCGGCGGAGAGGAGGAAGCCGCACAACCAGAAGUUCCUGUACAGCACGCCCAUGGAGGCCAUCCAGGCCGAGGCCAGGGGCCCCGGCUCGCCGGGAAGCCACGACCCCACGGGAGGGAUUCCGGCACGCAAUUCCAAAGGCCAAAGACUCCUGAUCUACAUCGGCAUCAUUGACAUUCUGCAGUCCUACAGAUUCGUCAAGAUGCUGGAGCACACGUGGAAAUCUCUGGUUCAAGACGCGGACACGGUGUCGGUGCAUCGACCGGAUUUCUACGCCGAUCGAUUCCAGAAGUUCAUGUGCAACACCGUCUUCAAAAGAGUCCAAUUGAAGACGUCGCCAUCCAAGAGGCGCCACAGUACUCUAAGGAAGUCCGACGGUGCCGCAGCUCAGCCGGCAGAACAGGGCGGCAGCCAGAAUCAGAACCAGCGGCUCGUUGUACAGGAUGAGAACCAGCAGCCCGUAGCAAAGGAUGUGAAAAGCUCAACGGGCAAAGAGGACGCAGGGCAGGACAAUGGGUUAACGGCUACGCCUGCAUCGAAUGAGGUGAAUGGAACGUCCUGAAAACAACUCUCGAUGGAAGUGGUGCCAAACAUAUAUGCAUCUAUAUUUUGGGGAUGCCAUUCUCAGCUGCACUUUGAUUCCCUUUGGCUUCGUUCCGCAUCUCAGUGGAAUUCUUGGACUUGUAACCAAGGAUGGUUCUCAUUCUCAAUUUAGCAUUUUUAAGUGUAUUUUAAAGACUUGCUGAAUGACUUUGGGAGGAGAAAUACCACCCUUGUGCUGUGGAUGGAACAAACCAUCGCAAAUUGACAUGGAAAAAGUGCCAAGUGACACAGUUAGAGCCACCAAAAAUGAUCUGUACAUUGAAAAUAAUUGAUGCUAAUGUCUCAUUUCUAUUUUCCAGAGUGUGUUUACACAAUCUUAAUACUCUGGUGAUGUUACGCAAUACACUGUACAAAAAGUAACCAUGAGGAUGAGUUAUUUAUACAAUGCACGUUUUGUAUGCUCGUUAUAUUUUCAGGAUUUGGAAAUGGUGCAAUACAUUCAGUUCAUUGAAAAGAUUGUAUUAUGGUGACAAAAAAAACACUAUGUGGGUGCUUUACUAUUUUAUCCUUUAUCACAUACCUUAUGGACCAAAAUCCUAACCUGUAUUCAUGACAGUGUCUGUUACGGUAUGGUAUUUUCGCUGUCUGUUGAAUUUUAAUCAAUCCUUUGUAAAUAAAAUUGCCUUUGCUAAA